AUGUCUACCCCAAAAUCUUCUACUAAGAUCCAAUCCCUUGAAGCCAACCCUCAUAUUGACGUGGGUUUUACGAUACUGCAAAGGAACACAUCCAUUCCUCAACCAACAGAAAGAAGAGGCCGAAAAAAGGAGGCGGAGCCAGGGAGGUUCCUUGGUGUCAGGAGGCGGCCAUGGGGAAGAUACGCAGCGGAAAUAAGAGACCCCACAACCAAAGAAAGACAUUGGCUUGGAACAUUUGAUACUGCCCAAGAAGCUGCCCUUGCAUAUGAUAGGGCUGCCCUAUCCAUGAAGGGUACCCAAGCAAGGACCAAUUUCAUCUACGCUACUGAUCACGCUAACACCAAUUUUCACUCUCUAAUAUCUCCUCUUGAUGUUCAAACCUUAUUCCAGCCUGCACAACUCUUUAAUGCACCACCUUCCCACCAUGCUACGACCGCUAAACAACCAAUCAACCCUACUAAUUCCCUCCAGAAUCCAAACCAAUCAGGCCUUGACAAGUGCUACCAAUCCUCCAUUGAUGACCACCAUAACUUUUUGAUUAGUGAAGGUGACAACUCCGGUUACCUCGGCUCCAUUGUACCUGAUGACUACUUAAACCCCAGAAACAAUAAUGGCAAUAACGUAAAUAUAAGUCAUGAUGAUCCGACAAGUCAGCGAUCAUACUGGGAUCAAAGCAGCCAACUUUUUCCUUCUAAUGAUCAGCAUGAGUAUGGCGAUAUCUGGGGUGGUAGUAACGAUAGUUCAUGGGAGACGUUGAACGGAUACGAGCUUUCAGCGAUGGUCAACUAUCCAGAUACAUCAUCCAUGUGCGAGGAAGAAGGUCAGAUGGUAGGUUUAUACGAUUCAAACUUGAGUUAUGAACUAAUGGCUGGUGCUAGUAGCAACGUGACCAAUAGUUCAACGAGUACUAGCUGCUCCUAUAGUGACAUAAUUGGCAUUGGGUUUUAA